AUGCCCCGCUUCGCCCCAUUAACAUGUCUCCUACUCGCCAACGUCGCGUCCGCCGGGUAUGCUGUCGGCGUCCCAAAGCAAGACGUCAUCGCCGCGCCGCAGCGCUCCAUCAACGGCAUACCCUAUAGCACGCGCGCUUACUGGAUGCGGCGGGCCAACGCCGCCCUCGCGGAGCUGGGGUCGCCGUGUCCGUUCGCGGCGUUCGGGACCGUGAUUGUGAACCACACGGCGACGGAUGGGCUGGGCGAGCUGGUGUGCAUCGGGGCGAAUGCGAACAGUAGGACGGGGAAUCCGACGCUCCACGGGGAGACGGCGGCCAUCACGAAUUGCACGGCCGUGCUGACGGAUCCCGAGGGCGCGUACAAGAUGAAUGCGAGUGAGGCGCUCGACGCCUUUUCGCGGCUGAGUCUGUACACGAAUGCCGAGAGCUGCUCCAUGUGCGCGUCUGCCAUCCGGUGGGCGGGGUUCAAGGAGUACAUCUACGGCACCGCCAUCGACACGCUGCUGGCGCAGGGGUGGGGCCAGAUCCGGAUCACCUCGCUCGAAGUGUUCCGGCAGUCCAUCGACCUGCCCACGCAAACGAGGCUGAUCGGAGAGGUGCUGACCAACGAGACCGAUCCGUAUUUCUCUUGGCAGUACAAUCCCGAGUAUCCGUGUCCGGCCGGCUGUUCGAGAUUGGGAGAUUCAUGUACCGCAGAUGAAAAGUAG